UAUGGAUCCAAUUUAUUGGUCUGUUAGUAUCGAGAAAUACGUUCACCACGAAAUUCAUAAUGUUUCGGUUCAGUUCUUUCCUUUAGAUUCAGUUAUUUAUUUUGCGUAUCCGUAAACGAUAAUUCUUUAAAGAAGGAACGACACUUCACAACACAUCAACUUUUUCCCUUCCAUAUUCGGAAUUUAACUUAUAUACCGGUUGUCUGUAUUUCUCAUAUAUUUUUAAAAACAAGUAUGUCAAGCCGACGUCGUAAUUAUGACGAUGAUGAUGAAGAUAAUUAUCCAAGUAGAAAAAGAAGACGUUUUAGUGCAGAACCCAAAGAAAUUGAAGAUAGAUUGGAAUCUCUUAUUGUACGAGUUGGGGAUAAGAGUACGUCUUCUUUAGAAAGCAACUUGGAAGGUCUUGCAAGUGUUUUGGAAGCUGAUCUUCCAAGUUACAAAGCAAAGAUUAUGAGGAUAUUGGGGGAAUGUGUUACAAGAUUGCCUGAGAAAACAACAAUCUACACUACUUUAGUUGGUCUUUUAAAUGUUAGAAACUACAAUUUUGGUGGGGAAUUUGUGGAGUUGUUGGUUAAAAGUCUUAGAGAGGCUCUAAAAUCCAGAAAAUUUGAAGAUGCCCGAGUAACGGUGAGAUUUCUUGCUGAUUUAGUAAACUGCCAUGUUAUAUCUGCUGGCUCUAUGAUAAAUUUUCUUCAGACUUUAGCUGAUGUUAGUGGUGAAACUGGAAUUCCUCAAGUCCGUGCUGAUUUUUAUGUGUAUACUGUUUUAUGUGCCCUACCUUGGGUGGGUCGUGAACUAUAUGAAAAGAAAGACAAUGAACUCGAUCAUUUACUUCGAAUGAUUGAUGAUUAUAUUAGCAAGCGCCAUAAAGUCCACUUACCAUCUUUAAAAGUUUGGCAGAGCAGUAUACCUCAUGUUCAAGAAGAGUACCUGGACUGCUUAUGGGCCCAAAUUAACAAGUUGCGCUCAGACAAAUGGAUGGAGCACCACAUAUUAAGGCCUUACCUUGCCUUUGAUGGUGUUUUGUGUGAGGCCCUCCAACACAGUAUUCCAACCAUGGUGCCUCCUCCUCAUCAAGAUGGAUGUUCCUAUCCCUUCCCAAGUGUUGUGUUCAGACUUUUUGACUAUACAGAUUGUCCGGAGGGUGGUCCUGUCUUACCUGGUGCUCAUUCAAUUGAGAGGUUUUUAAUUGAAGAGCAAAUUAGAAGAAUUAUUCAACAACAGUAUCUUAAUCGAAAGGAAUGUGCUGCUGUUCUGCUCAGCUACCCUGGGAAACAUAAAAUUCCAUUGGAAUAUGUAAUUGUUGAGGUUAUGUUAUCUGAAUUAUUCAAACUUCCUGUGGUAACCUUCCCAGAAAUUUGUUUGGGGUCUCUGUUCUUAGAGCUAUGCAAACUUCAGCCAAGUACAAUGCCACAGGUGCUUGCACAAGCUGUGGAGCUAAUGUAUGAGAGGCUGGAUACAAUGAAUAUUGAUUGUGCAAACAGAUUUGCAAGUUGGUUUGCGUACCAUUUAAGUAACUUUCAAUUCCGAUGGAAUUGGGAUGAUUGGAGUGACUGCAUCAGUCUGGAUCCUUUGCAUCCAAGGCCAGUUUUUAUCCGAGAAACUCUUGCCAAAUGCAUGAGGCUUUCCUAUCAUCAGAGAAUUGUGGAUUUAAUGCCAGAAGGUUUUUCCAAUUUGCUUCCUCUGAAACCAAUAAGUUUAUCCAAAUAUGAACAAGAAGGAGCAGAAGCCUUACCAGGAACUGUUGCUGCUCAGCAGUUAUUGGGGGCAUUGAAAGAACGCUGUACAGCAGAAGAAGCUUUGUUAGUGAUAAAAGAUUUACCAAAUCCUUUACAGGAAGACGAUGUUGAGCCUACACAUAACCCUUUGAAGAUAGACGUUUUUGUGCAGACUUUGCUCAAAUAUGCUGAUAAAUCUUUUUCUCAUGCAUUUGCAGCUGUAGCAAAGUAUCAUACAGUUCUAAAGGUUUUAUCAACUUCAGAAGAAGCCCAGAUUUGCAUAUUAAGAAGCAUGUUUGAACUCUGGCAUUGUCACCAACAAAUGAUGGUUGGUUUGGUGACAAAAUUCCUGAAGGCCAAAGUUGUAGAAUCUUCAGCUGUUGCAAAUUGGCUAUUUUCUAAAGAAAUGGCAUCUGAAUUUCCAAAAUUUUAUAUCUGGGAAAUUUUGCAUUUAACUAUUAGAGAAAUGAUCCGUCAUGUGACUAAAAUCCAAAAGCAAGUUGAAGAAUCAAAGAAAAAACUACAAAAGCAAGAUGAUGCAAUGGAAGAAGAUGAGGAGGAUGAAGACUCGAACCAUGAAAAGCCUUCUGAAGAAAUGAUCGAAGAGAUGGAAGAAAAACUAGACACAACACAGAGUGAACUAAAAAAUUUAUUCCUCAUUAUUUUUCAAAGAUUUAUCAUGUUAUUGACAGAACACAUUGCAAGAUGUGAAGCUGAAGGGAUAGAUUUUAACAAUUUCUGGUUUAAAUUGACAUUGGGGAGGUUGCAAGAAGUAUUUUUUCAGCAUCACGAACAAGUGUUCAAAUAUGUGGAUACCCUGGAAUCUCUGUUGUUCACCAGCGACAUCGAUCAUCACAUUCUAUCUGUAUUUCAGCAGUUCUGUGCUCUGAAAGCAUAAUGUGAUUUGUAGAGAGACAUUAUUUUUUCUGCUCAUCCCCACAAAUUGUAUUAAAUAUUUUUCAUCUAUUUUAA